UAUAUGUGUGUGUGUGUGUGUGUUUUAUAUGUGUGUGUGUUUUAUAUGUGUGUGUGUGUGUGUGUUCAGCAUGUGGACAGUGAGAAGCUCCACCCUCAUCACACUCUGAGGAACAUCAUGUUUCUGGUUGCCCCCGACAACGACAACCUGGGCAGGACGGGUCCGUUCGAGGUGAGCGCUGACCUGGAGGAGUCGAUGGAGUUUGUGGAGCCGGAGGCGGCGGGGCCGGCGGAGGAGAGCGGGGACGAGGCGGUGACAGACGAGGAGACAGACCUGGGGACGGACUGGGAGACGGUGCCCAGUCCACGAUUCUGUGACAUCCCCUCACAGGUAGGACACACCUGAAUCAUCAGGACCUCAGAGACCACGUCACAUUACU